AUGGUAGGAACAGCAAUUAAAGAAGGAUGGUUAACAAAACAAGGAGGUAUCAUCAAAUCAUGGAAGAAUAGAUGGUUUGUGUUGUACAAUGAUAACAAGUUAUCUUAUUUCAAGACGGCAUAUGAUACUGUACCCAUUGAUACUAUAUCAUUGUCAAAUAUGGUUCAGAUACCGGUUAUCAAGACUGUCAACAAUGCACAUACCAUAGAGUUGAGUGUAGAGGGGAGAACCUAUUUCUUGGCAGCUCAAACACUCGAUGAAGCAACUGAAUGGUUGGUACUAUUCAAAGAGAGAACGACAGAGGUUGCGCGAAGAAACUCUAUCAUAUCGGCAACAAAACGUGAAGCUUCAUUGGGUGGAAGUGGCAACAGUCUUCCAACCACACCAUCAAAGAAUAAUUCUCCACUCAAUACAAGUAGUAAUAAUGUUAAACUUAAUUCUUCAUCAAAUAAUACAUCACCAAUAUUAUCUUCUUCACAAUCUUUGAAUCUUGAUAAUAAUAAUAAUAUUAAGGUUCCAGAGGAAAAAGUGACAACAUUGGAUAUCAAAGGAUUGAUGUGUAAACAUUGUGAAGAUCAAGUCAUCAAGAUGAUGAAUAAUGCAAGAGGUGUAAAUAAUUUCCAAGUGUUGGCUGAUGAUGACAGACUGGUCGUUCACGGUACAUUGGAUGUCAAUGUAAAUAAUAUCAUCACUACUCUUGAAUCACAAGGUUUCAUUGUAUCAAUUGCUACUUGA